UUUGCUUUCUCAAAUUUUUGGCCAUUUUGGAUUGCAACAUCCGAGAGGCUGCAAAGGAUCCUGCAAGUGGAAAAAUAGUAAUAAAAAAAGCCAGAAAAUAGCAAUGGAAGAUCAGAACUCGACAGGAUCCUGCCAGAAGAAGAGAUUGGAGGCAGGAGGGGAAGACCCCCAGGUCACACCCAUUGGGGCCUUGAGAGAGUUUCAGACAGGGGCAACCCUGCGGCAAAUUAAGCCAGAGCCGGAGGAGCAGUGCUGGGAUGCCCAAUGGCAGCAGUUCCUGAAGACGAUGAAGAGCCCUCAGUCAGGCUGGAGAACUCCGCAGAUAUCCAAGUUCACGCCAGAGGAGGAUUUGAAGGCCUCGGGGAAGGCCGUCGCCGUGGGCAACCGGUGGCCUAAAAGGGAGUGUGUGGCCCAAGCCCUGCCAGGCCUCCAGGGAGAAGCCCAGGAGGCCCAUCAAACUCUGGACCUUUCCGUGAAAGUGAAGGAAGAGGUUCCGGAGAAGCAAGCUCUCAGCUUGGAGAUGCGCUGCCUACGCUUCCGCCAUUUUGGCUACCGGGAGGCCGAAAGGCCCUGGGAGGUCUUGAGGCAGCUCUGGGAACUCUGCUGUCAGUGGCUGACACCUGAGAGGCACAGCAAGGAGCAGAUCCUGGAGCUGGUGACCCUGGAGCAGUUCCUGACCAUCCUGCCCUUAGAGAUGCAGUGCUGGGUCCGGGAACGCAACCCGGAGACUUGUGCCCAGGCUUUGGCCCUGGCGGACGAGUUCUUGCUGAGGCUGCAAGAGGCGGAGCAAGUGGGUGAAAAGCUCCCGGAGCCUUUUCAUAUAGUGACUGUUAAGUCCCCCAAAUCAGAGGAGGAUCCCUCAGAUGCUGUGGAGCUGCUUUUCCCUGCGGAGGUGGCCCAGGAGAAUGAGAAGCUUGCCAGGUUGCUGGGCAAUGCAGAAACAAAGGCAAAGGAGGUAAAUCUUCCGUUGCAAAGAACGAAGCAAGCAGAAUUCAACUCUAUACCUUUGGGGAAAGCCAGAGAGGACGACUUGCUCCAUCAUGACAAUCGAGGCUGGCUUUUGACUCAACAGGGACUAGAAACAUUUCAGCAGUCAGUGCCUUGUGAGGAAGUGGACACUAUCGUAUGUGGCAGCCCUGUGAAACAGGGACUCGUUGAGGGCGAAAGAAGAAAUAUGUGCGUGGACUGUGAAAAUCUGUGCCAUAGCUUCAACUUUCCCAAGAGUCAGAGGGUGCAAAUGGGAGAGGACCCCGACCACUGCAGUCUGUGUGGGAAAGCCCUGAGGAGCGGUCCCUCCCUCACUGCGCGCAAGGGGGCUUUCCCGGGAGAGAAACCGUACCGGUGCUCUGAGUGCGGGAAGAGCUUUGGCUGGAAAUCGUCGCUCACUUCACACAAAAGGACCCACACGGGGGAGAAGCCAUACAGGUGCUCCGAGUGCGGGAAGAGCUUUGGGAUCAGCUCCCAGCUGGUGAGGCACAAGAGAAUCCACACAGAUCAUUUGGUUGCAAUGCCGUCGCACAAGAAGAGGAAGAUAGAUUUGGAGUGCCGCAUUUUCAAUAAGAAAUGGACGCAUGACUAUUUCUUUGUGGAGCUCAAAGGUAUGCCCGUGUGCCUCAUUUGUGGGGAGGCCCUCUCCAUCCUGAAGAAGGCCAAUCUGCAGAGGCACUACAGGACGAAGCACAUCCAGUACGAGGAGUUCCAAGGGCAGCUGCGCGAGGAGAAGGUCAAGGCGCUGAAAACGGACCUGCACGCCCAGCAAGGCAUCGCCCCGGAACCAAGGAAGGAAAUGGACAGCGUGGAGCAAGCCAGCUUCGUGGUGAGCGAGCUGGUCUCCAAAAAGCUGCGCCCGCUCUCCAGAGGCGAGCUGGUGAAGGAGUGCAUUGUGGCCGCCGCCGCUCUCUUGGCCCCGGAGAAGCUGAAGCUCUUUGAGAGCGUGAGCUUCUCUCGCAGGAGGGGCCCAGCUCACAGCAAGAACUCUGCUCGGGGAAUGGAGGGGUCUCUUGCAAAGGACCCCUGGGGGCCCCGAUUACCAGAAGUGAACUUGGGAAGCCAGGUGCUAGCAGCCACGUUGUUGAUGCCGCCAGACAAAAGGGGGCUUGAAAAAGAAAUACAGCCACAAGUGUCACAGUGAAAAGCUGCUGAGUUGAAUGUUUAUCAUUAUUUUAUAUAUAUUAUCUUCUUUAUUUUUUUCCUUAAGUUCUUCAUCAACAUA